GAGGUUUUAGGGGAAGUGCUCAUUUAAUUUUCAGUGUACAAGCUCCUUGUCUUAUGCCUCUGUGCUUCAUAUUAUGCCUUACAGCAAAUCUUCCCACAUGGGGGGGGGGCGGCUGAGGGGGGAGGAGAAAGGAGAAGUGUGGUGCUCAUGGAAAAAGCCUUGGGCUGGGAUUCAGUAGAACUGAAUUCUAAUUCUCACUGCUACUAAAAUUCUAGGUGAUCAGUUAGUGAUCGCCUUCUGUAGGUUUCAGUUUCCUCACCUAACAAAUGGGCACGUGCCCUGAAAUGUCUCUUUUACCUUUCCUCCUCCUAUCUUCCACCCCAACCUUAGUCCCCCUGGAGGGUUUCUCUUUUUUUCAACCAGGCCUCUAUUUUGUGCAAAUGGAAACGUGUUUCCUUCCUCUUCGCCUUGCAGUUAAAAACCUUCCCGACAUUUAAAAAUCCUCUUCCCCCUGUGACAGCUCCCUCUCGUCCCAGUACCUCUUUUUCUGCAACCCCCACCCCUAGUCCCACAUCUCCUCCCGUCCUACGCCACUCACACAGAUAAAGCUUCCUCGUCCUAGUCCCCCCUUUCCUUCCCAGUCCCCUUAUAGUCCCGGCCCACUGCUCCAGGCUGGGUCCCGACCCUUCCCUCGAGACACUGCGGGCCCCACUCCCCUAGCCUCCUCCCCAGGACCCGCCUUGGGGGAGGAGCCGAGGAGGCGGGAGCAGAGGCUCAGUCGCCGGAGCCGGCUUCAGAGGGCGGCAGCAGUAACAGCCACCGCCAGCGCCAGCGCCACCGCCACGGUCGCGGUGGGAAGACGGACCCACAGGCACGGAGGGCCAAGGAGCCGCGCCGGGGGCCGGACGGAGCCUGGACCGGCUGCAGCCGCUGCCGCCCAGAUCUGGGCUCCUGAACGCGGGCGCCCACCAUGUUGCAGAAGACCAGCAGGAGGACCCCUUUUCCCCUGGCUCGUGGGAUACCACCAUGUUAGCCCUACAGAGCCCAGGGGCCACAGAGCUCUGUUCUAUAGGGGGAGACAUGAUGGCCAACCACGUGGACCUCCUGACUGAGCUUCAGCUCCUGGAGAAGGUGCCCACCUUGGAGAGGCUGCGGGCAGCCCAGAAGCGCCGAGCUCAGCAGCUGAAGAAAUGGGCCCAGUACGAGAAAGAGCUGCAGCACCGCAAGCGGAAGCAUGAGAAGAAAAGGAGCACCACCAGCAGAAAGAAGGUGUCCUUCGAGGCCAGCGUGGCGUUGCUUGAAGCUUCCUUAAGGAAUGAUGCGGAGGAAGUACGCUACUUUCUGAAGAACAAGAUAAGCCCUGAUCUAUGCAAUGAAGAUGGACUCACUGCACUGCAUCAGUGCUGCAUAGACAACUUUGAAGAGAUAGUCAAGCUUCUGCUGAGCCAUGGCGCCAACGUCAAUGCCAAGGACAAUGAGCUGUGGACGCCCCUGCAUGCUGCUGCCACCUGCGGCCACAUUAACCUGGUGAAAAUCCUCAUUCAAUAUGGGGCAGAUUUGCUUGCAGUCAACUCAGAUGGAAACAUGCCCUAUGACCUCUGUGAAGAUGAACCAACCCUCGAUGUGAUUGAGACUUGCAUGGCAUAUCAGGGCAUCACCCAAGAAAAAAUCAACGAGAUGCGGGCGGCUCCUGAGCAGCAGAUGAUCACCGACAUCCACUGCAUGAUUGCGGCGGGUCAGGACCUGGACUGGACUGAUGCUCAAGGAGCCACUCUGCUGCACAUUGCUGGGGCCAAUGGAUUCCUUCAUGCGGCUGAGCUCCUUCUUGAUCAGGGAGUACGAGUGGAUGUCAAGGAUUGGGAUGGCUGGGAGCCUCUCCAUGCAGCUGCCUUCUGGGGCCAGAUGCAGAUGGCGGAGCUGCUGGUGUCCCAUGGAGCCAGUCUCAGUGCUCGGACAUCCAUGGAUGAGAUGCCAAUAGAUCUGUGUGAGGAGGAGGAGUUCAAGGUGUUGCUGUUGGAGCUGAAGCACAAACAUGAUGUGAUCAUGAAAUCCCAGCUGAGGCACAAGUCUUCCCUGAGUCGGCGCACGUCCAGUGCGGGAAGUCGGGGGAAAGUGGUGAGACGGGCGAGCCUGUCAGACAGGACCAACUUGUACCGGAAGGAGUACGAGGAGGAAGCCAUCGUGUGGCAGCAGCGGGCCUCAGCGGAGGAGCAGAGAAACUCCAUCUACAAUGGGGAUGUCAGAGAGACUCGCUCUGAUCAGGAGAACAAGGACCCGAACACUAUGCUGGAAAAGCCAUUGCUUCUUUCUGAAUUUAUGACCAAGAGCACACUGGGGAACCCAGAGCUGCCCAUGCAGAACGGCCUCCGGGCUCCAGUCAGCACUUACACGUACUCACUGUCUAACGGGGACAUGCCUAUUCAGAAUGGACUCCGGGCUCCGACCACCACCCACCCAUACUCUCUUGCCAAUGGUGACAUCUGGAAGGUGCACGAGGUGCCAGACUACACCCUGAGUGCCUCUCUUCCCUACGGGAGCCCCGGCCUCCGUGACAUGCCGCAGGCCUGGAACGUGUACAAGGAGCCCAGUCACCAGACGCUGUCGGAGCUGAAGCGGCAGAGGGCAGCUGCCAAGCUCCUCAGCCACCCCUUUCUGAACCCCCACCUGGGUGGGGGGGUGACAGGGGUGGGUGAGGGCAGCAGCGAGAGCAAGACUCCCCUGAUCGGAACAAGAACUUCUCCCUACAGUGCCAAUGGGACUUCUGUCUAUUACACAGUAGCCAGUGGGGACCCUCCUCUCCUAAAGUUCAAGGCCCCAAUGGAGGAAAUGGAAGAGAAAGUGCGAGGCUGUUGUCGGAUUUCUUAGUCAGACUCAAGAGGGAGGAGGACCCGCAUGCCCGAGGCACUGGGCAUGGCCGAGGCACUGGGCAUUCCUCACCUGGCCAGGGGCCAGGGCCUGAGGGCAGCCCUGAGGAUGGAGAGUAGACAGGAGGUCAAUUCUCAUUUUCAGGGGCUUUGCUGAAUGGCCCAUGCCUGAGAGCUUACUUUGGACUACCCUUAUCACCUUCUGAAUGAAGAAUACCAGUUAGUAGCUUCAUGCAAAUGACUGCCAGAUGUCUAAAAUGUAACAUGAGGAAUCCUGCUCUGCUCUUGUGAAGUCCUUGCCAGUCCUAGUGUGCAAACAUUCACACUCCUCCAUGUCACAUACAUGUGCGUGUGCACACACACACACACACACACACACAACCGCUUGUGGCCCAUUUGUGCCAAAGACCAAAGGGGGUGGCUAUAACAGAAAGGUGUACGGCCAGCCUGGCCCUGAGAACGCAGCUGCUCGCUUGCUUAUGACACAGGAUCUAUGGGGACAACAGAGUCUUGAGGUGCUUUCUACACCUCAGCUCAAGAUCCAUAGCAGGAGUGAGGGCCCAGAUUGUGGCAAGGCCCUAGCCAUGGCUAACUCUGUGGUUAUGUUCAGCAGGGUGGCUGAGGGUGUUUCCCUAAGGAUACCCCUUAAUAGAAAUCAAGAACCUUGAGUCAUUUUGGAAAAGAGACUAAUAGUACCUAAUCCGAUACCAUGUACACCUAAUCCGGCGCCAGUAGACACUCAGUGUUUGUUAAGUGACUAGAUGAAUGACCAAGUUUCAUAGCCACAGUCAGUGUUUGCUGGUAAUAGGGGCUCUUUUCAGGAUAUUGUUCCAAGGGAGAUAAGGACCUACGAGGGUAAGAAAAAGUUUCCCUGUGAAUCCCACUAAGAUAAUGCCUCAGUCCACAGAUUGCAGUGCCCAUGAAAAUCCAGUGCUAUAGAUAACAAAUCAGGUUACUUCAAUCUCAUUUGAUUUUUAAAACACUUGAAUUUUACCAGUUAGAUCUACAAGAUCAACAUUUUAAAAGGAAAAAAAACUGUUUCAAAGCCAAGGGAAAAUUACAUUUGUUUCCAAACAAGGAGUCUCAUGUUGGCUUUUGUCUGCCAAGAACUAGAUACAGUAUUUAGAAAAGGCACAAUUGUGUCAGGGAAAGAUCUCUGGAUUUUGUCAUUGAAGCACCUGGGGGACAAUAAUGGCUACUAUUAGCUGUGCAACUUUGAGCAGAUUAGUUAAAUUCCCUGGACCUGUUUUUUCAUCUAUAAAAUGAGUGAGAUGGACUAGAUAAUCUUUAAGAUUCCUUCCAGUUCUUGAUACUUGGAUCUCAUAAAACUCAGGCUAACCAGUUUUUGGUUACUGAGUCAUCUGCCUCUCAACACUCCAGCCUAGGGAAAUGGAAGUUUGUGUUGCCAAUGUAUGAAAACAUCACUGUAUGAAUGUUAUUUGGCUUAAAGCACCCAAUUAAUCCCCUGCAGUGUUUUAAAUGGACAAGUACUAAUGUCCCCAGGUGCCUGUAACAAAAGUAGGAUUCUUGAUGGGAUGAAUGGUCAAUACAAGAUUCUGAAAAGAUUUCACUGCCUCUCCAAAUCCAGCUUUGUUUUUGUGCCCCUGUGUUGUGGGUACAGAGCUUCCUUUUUGAUGAACUGCAAACACAGGUUAGGGAAGAUGAUGGAUCUGGAGGCACAGUCACUGAUCUGCACUGAUGGAACUCCUGCCAGGACUGGUAAUGUUUGCCCCAGUAAAAGGUGCUUGGGUCUCCUUAAAGGUGACAGGAGGUGGGUAGGAGGCAAGCAUGGUGCAUAUGACUGACAAGGCCAUUUAUUCAGUGGCUCUUCAGGAAGCACAGCAUGCGGGAAGGUAAUAAGGGCCUAGCCAGUUGUAAGAUUGGAGUUUCUAGAUUGCCUGUGUCCCAAAGGAACUUAGACUUCACAAACAGAAGAAAAUCACUCCAACAUCAUUUCCACACCCCAUCCUGUCCAGGAUUCUUUCUCUGAUGAGAGCCAUCAAGUGACUUGAUUGCUCCCAGACAACUUAAAUUUUCAGCUUAGCCCACUGACUACCAUCAUGAAUAUAUUUACUCCCUUGGGGAAAGCUGUUUGUAUAUUCAGCCUCAAUCAUCUCUUGGGGGUAGGGGGACAAUGAAUUUCACAUGUUUCCUUUCCAUUCUGUAAGCUGGACAAAUUUUUUAUUUGUCUUAAAACUACCUCUUUUCAGCUCUAUGGAGGUGCCCAAGUUCUAGUUUCCAGGGUUUGGGGAACAAAACUCUACCUCCCCCUUUCUAUAAGUUAGAGUGAUCCAAAGGUAGAAUGAGCUGCCCCAGGAGGUGAUAGAGUUCCUGUCACUGGAAGUGUUGAAACAGGUCACAGAACAACUUGCUGGUGAUAUUAUAUAGUAGAUCUCUCUUAGGUACAGGUUGGGCUACAGCCCCUCCAAGGUUCUAACCAGCUUUGAAGUUGCAUAAUUUUCUAAGUGAACAAAUUUCUGUGCAAGCCAAUGAACUAACUUUGUAUUAAAGAUUCAGACCGGGGAUGGUAGCAGGGUUUGCUGCCAGAAAGACUGAGACUGGUGGAAUCCUUAAGUUCAACAGUUCUGGGCUGCAGUGGACUAAGCUGAUUGGGUAACACCAGUACAGUGAGCCUCCUGGAGCAGAGGUCUACCAGGUUACCAUCCAAGAUGGGGGGAAGGAGAGGGAAGGUCAGAACUUCCAUGCUGAUUAGAAAUGGAAUCUGUGGUAAGUGGCCAACUGUACUUUCAGCCUGGCUGAAACAGCCAGAUCCAGGCUUUUUAAAAAAAAAAAAGCCAUUCCAGAGAUGUCUAAGCCAUGUGUGUAUGUAUAUAAACACAUUUGUAUGUGCAAACACAUCUCUGUAUUCAGCCUUUACAUAAAACACUGAUGCCUGAUCAUUUUUACAUUGCGUUUUAUAUGUUAACAGCCCUUUGCCAUCAUGAAUUGACUGGUUCACAAAACCCUAGAAAACUCCAGAAGCUGAGAUCAUUGUUUUCAGGAACCUGAGGCGGAGAAACAAAAGUGGAGGUAGAAAUAGAGGGCUGGCAAAGGUCUUUCAGUGAGCCAGAGGGCUGGCUGGGGAGAAAAAGGGGUUUUUGAGAUAUGAUCUGGCACUUUGCUAUUGUAAGGAGGUAAACAGCACCCUGAUUAGCUUGGAUUGGGCAUUUUAGAUGAGGACAGGACAAAGAAGAUAGCCAGGGCCCAUUUUAAGUAUCCACAUGUCCAGAGAUUGGGGCAAGAUUUAAUCCCCAAACUGUACAUUGGACUUUAUAACUAUAUUAAUUGCAGACCAGUCCAACUGGUCUCAGUCCACACUGGCUUUCAUGCUGGGUGAAAAGGUGACAAGGUGUGUAGUAGUAAAGAGAUAAGAGUUGACCUUAUCUGAUCUCUAGUUGCUGAUGUGAAGACCUGAUGCCUUUAGUCUUAAAUAUGAAGGGAAUCUAAGGCAUGUUAGUCCCAUGUGUUCACCUCUGGUCUGAGGCCUGUCCAGGGCUUCUCACUUAAGGUGUAGCUGUGAAUGAGGUGGAGGUUCUCCUAGGUUCUCCAUGGCUUCCAAUCUCUACAAAGGAAGCCAACUAUCGAGGAAGAGUUGUGGAAGUCUCUGUGCUUUGACAGGAAAGAGGCCAUGGCUGAAUCUGAAAUUGCACAUUGUCGGGAGCACAGAGCAUCCGCCAGUCUGAGGAGUUGGAAGAACAAUGAUUUUAUCUAUUACAUCUACUCCUGGGCAGCUAUUAGGGGCCCUGCCCAGGGGUCCCUUAGCAGUGGGUUAAAAUUAACUCUCUGAAGAGAAAAUGAUCUGAGAUCCGGAAUUUCAGCCAGGGAUUAAAGACCUCCUUUUAAGGUUAUUAUAAAUAGGAAAUGGCUUUGUCCAGCUAGUUUGCUUGGAAACAGAGGAAUGGGAUAACAGAAAAAAGCCUGGUGAGUCAAAAAACCCACAAAACCCAAAUCUAGUCUUUUCUUGUGCCUAAUCAAUGCAAAUCAGAAACCCUUGAGCCCAGUGGAGCCAAACAGGGCCUGUGGUCUCCCGGGUAGCUAGGCAAAUUAAUAACCAGAGUCUUUGCCUCCGGAGGAGAUAGGAGCCCUGCCCGCCCGCCUAACUUCCUGCUGUGGGCGCAACAAAGGAGCAGUGAAGUGCUGAAAGUGACUCGAAGCCAGGCUGCCGGGCACGAGGCCUAACUUUAAAUGUGGCCUUAGCGGGCCCCACCCGACGCGUCGCCUGAGCUCUGGCCCUGCGUGGGAAGCCUGAGGACUUCUGCACCGGCUGUUCGGCCGGACUCUUCCCCAAAUGGAGGGCUUAUUCCUCCGCAGCCCCGACCCACAGACGCCCCGCCGGAGGCCCAGAGCUAGGGUCCGGGUAAAUUAGUCAACACAGACUUGAGGAGGAAAACAAUCACUGCCUCCUAGAGUGGGCUCGGCAGGCCGGCGCCAGCUUGGGAGGAGGUCGCCUCUUGGAGUCACGGGGACCUGAGUUCGGAUCCCUUCUCUGACACUUAUUACCCGCGUGGCCGUGGGCAUGCCAUUUCACCUCUCUGGACCUCACUUCCCUCUGUAAGACGAUGCCCCCCACGCCAGACGCCCCCUCCUGCUAACCCACAGGAUCUUGGCUUAGAACUGCUUAGCAGGACGAGGAACAAAGUCUCUUCACCUUUGUUGAGAUUGCCUAUCGCCCCGUCCCUCCCCGGGGUGGAGGCGGUGGGGGGUGGAGAACACCCUCCCGAGGAACAGCCCCGGCACCAGGUUUUACUUUGCAUGGUGAACUCCCUCCACACCAGGAACACCCCUAUUCAACCACAGGUGCAAAAAGAACACCCCAAAGCCAAAAGAGAUUUACCGAUUAUUCCUGCUGGUGUCCAUAUAUCCCUGUAUGGACACGUGUGUAUGUAUGUGUGUGUUUAUAUACACAUAUGUGACAGAGCUGUUUCUUAUUCUCAGUCAUCUCCUAUAAACUAUAAUCAUGUAACAUAUUUAUAUGUUUAUAUUUUAACAAAUGCUUCUGUUUCAUAGCAGAUGACUGAGAAUUAGAAACUUUCUGCCUUCUCUAACACCCCUUAGCCCUUUAGGUAUGAGCUCCCAUCUGGCCAGAAGCCCGACUGGGAGAGUUUCUCAAAGUCACUGUCACUCUGGCCGCCAAGGCCUGAGACUUAGUGCUGACAGGGAAACGAGCUAUCCAGGGAGUCCUAAGGCAACUACCAAAACCUUAGACCUAACUAAUAGAUUAUAAGCUCCACGAGGGCAGGUACCUCAUCUUAUUUAUCUUUCUCUCUCCCCCUGUGCAGUGCUAUGCCCAUAGCAGAUACUUAAUAAGUAGUUGUUAAAUUUGAAUUUUGUUUCACCAGAAGAAAAAUAGUGUUGCCAAUUAGUUGAUCAAAAUCAAACAAAAUCAAUAAUUUUAAGCCAUAAUUUUUAAUGGGGGCUUUUUUUUUUCUUUUUAGUUUGCUAUAUACAAAGUUAAACCAUAUCAUUUCCAGAUUUCUCUUCCUAUUAGAUUUGUUGCAGGACAGGACAGUAUUUUUCAGAAUAGUCCAAGAAGCGUUUACAAAGGGCUACCCCCAUAAGACACCACAAGGGUAUCUUCCUUAAUUUUUUGUCAUCUAUGAGCAAGCAAGCCUCUCCCUCUCUCCUUUGGCAUCCAGUAAGAGUUAGGUCUGUGGUUAGGUCCUAGUAGCCAUCCGCAUAUGAGGCUGGAGCUAUCACAAAGGCAGUGAAAUUAGGGCUGGUUUAGAAACCAGAAAAGCAUUUCUAGAGUGCUGCAUACAGCAAGGACUCCAGGGGUACGAAGUACCCAUUGUAGAUAGGCGUAUUAAGUGGUCUGUUGCAGGGUGUGGACCUGAGCAUCCAGGACAUGUUUGAAGAUACCUAGCCCCCCUGCAAUAAAUAAUUCACAGGUCUGAAGCCACUAAUGUAUAUAAAACACUUAACAAAAUGUAUUUUAUGUGAGAAAUGUAUGAACACUGUAUAUUGUAUUAGCAACUUUGUGUAAAAAAAAAAUUGGUAAUCAACAGAGUAAUAUAUUUAAAACAUUUUUUAAAGACAACCACCAAUCUUUGAUAUUAUAUGGAGAUGACUUCAUGCUGUACUUUGAAGUCUAACUGGUGGUUUCUCACUGUAUGGAGACAGUGUGUGUGGACCCCAGAUGGGGACCUAUGAUAAGAGCAGCUUCUGAAUGGCAGAGUCCUUCAUAGGACAUGAAUUUUUUAAUUAAAACUAUUAAAUUUCUUUUAAUAAUA